AUGUCAUCUCAAAAUUUUUUGAAAUUUGGUGUGGAGUUCGAGGGGAGUGGUCAGCUCUUCACCUUUGAGUGUCCAGCUGUGUAUGAUGAUAUUAUUUACAAGGUUUCGCAGCAGUUUGGUAUACCUCAAUCCGAAACCUCCAAUUACUGUUUUCGUAAAACAGAACACUCGGGUACAAUUGAAUAUUAUACGACUGAAGAGAACUGUCGUAUUAGGACUGGAGAUGUUGUUCAACUAGUUGAAAUUCCAAGUAGAGCAGUGGAGAAGUUUAUUUCAAAUUUGAAUCAAGCAUUGGAUUGUUUAGUUGAUAAUAGGAAUACUACUACUAAUACAUUUGUUAAUAGUAAUUGUAACCCAUUACAUCAUUUGUAUGGACCAUUUAAGCAAUUACUGAUGGAAUUAGCCAUUGUUUUGCAAUGUAAACAAUUUAACAGAGAUUUUGUUAAAUGUGAAGGUCAUCGUAAACUCUUCCAACUUGUUGAAUGCAUUGAUAAACUGGAUAAAAAGUUUCAUGAUGAAAUUUGGUCAUAUCUCUUAUCCUGUCUAAUUGAAUUAUCCAAUUAUGCUAUAACUAAUCGAUUUACUAUUAGUAAUAAUGCUCUGAAUAACGAUAAUAAUAAUAUAAAGUUAUAUCCUCAUGAAGUUUGUUUUACACAAGAAAAUAAUGAUUCUAAAAAGUAUUUAUCUGAAGAAAUGUUAAUUCAACAAGAUGAAACUAUUAACCAAAUCCAGUACUCAUCAACAAUUCUACCAAUGAAGAAUGUUUAUGGAACAGAAGAGUUUUUCAGUUGGCAAUUAGUAUCAGAUGAAUUUUUAUCUGUGAUAAUUGAACAUUGUAGGAAAGAAACUAAUUUAGAGUGUCUGCUAAAUGAAAUGAAGUUAUUAUUAAAAAUAAUUACAGACUAUCCUGUACAUAUUCAAUAUGUUACUAAACAAACAGAACAAGGAUUUGUAUUGGAUUUAUUAAAAAUAAUUCAAUCAAACAUUGUUGGUUAUAAAUCUACUGUGAAUUAUAAUUCAAUCCGUUUGGAAACAUUACGAUGUGAAAUACAAAAUCUUAUUAUGCAAUUUUUAUAUGUUAUAUUUUAUUAUGGGAAACAACAAGGUCAUUUGAUAUGCUUAAUACAUCAGUUUUUUGAAAAUAUACAAUUUACUGAAUGGAUUCCAGAAUUACGCGAUCGUUCACUUUGGGAAUUAAUAAUCAAUUCAUAUUAUCGAAAGAAAUAUCAUUUUGAUUAUUCAAUGAUGGAAACAUUUAGCUCAUGUUUACCAUCAUCUGAUGAUAAUUCUGAAAAUACUGUGGUGUUAAAUUUUUUAAAAGAUUUUUCAAAUUUUCUUGAAAAUGAUGCAUUAUGUAAAACAGAAUGCUUCCAGAGUAAUAAUGACAAUAAUAAUAAUAUGAAUAUUUACAGUCCCAGUAUUGAUAAUGUUGAACAAGAACCACAUCAACGUAUAUUAUCACACCGAUUGAGUAAUAAUAGCAGUACUACUAAUACUACUAAUAAUGGUUAUAACAUUAAACAAUCCAGUAUCCAAUUACUAAUUUCAGUAUGUCGAGUACAACAACUAAUUAAUAGUUUAUUAUUAACCAGUAUGAAAACGCCAUUGGCUCGUACAUCCGAAGAAACCGUUGAAAAAAUGAAACAACUAUGUUCAGCAGUGUAUUUUGAUAAGUAUACAAUUAAUCCAACUGAGCAAUUUAUUGAAGAAGCGUGUAUUAAACUAGGUUUCAAGAUACCAACUGAUCCAUAUGCUGAUUUUGAAAAACCACCAGGUACACUUGGAUUUCAAUGUAUUUAUAAUUAUAUAAUGAAAAAUAGAAAUAAAGUUAUUGAUAUGCUUAAUUAUGCUUACCCAUGUCAAAAAAAUUCUUAUCUAACCAAUAACACCACUAAUAAUCAUUGUAAAUUGUAUCAUUUAUCAGAACUCAAUAUAUUAUCUUCUUUGAAUGUGAAUAGCAAUAAUGAUAAUAAUAAUGUGAAUGAAAUUAGUAGUAAGUCGUCACAACAACGUGUUCAACGUCAUUUUUCCACUGUUGAUUCAAAUUCUAUUCAAAAUAUAUUACAUACUACUCAUUUACAUGAUGAUAGUAUACAAAAUCAACGUAAUAAUUUUAUCGGACGACGAUUUACACUGGAUUCAUUAAUAGCAACAUCUAAUUUAUCACAAUCAUUUAAACCAAUGAAAGAGUAUUAUAGUCAUAAUAGUUUUUCAUGUAAUUAUUCCAUUUCAUCAUCUUCUUCGACAAUUUCAUCAUUGAUUGAUAAGAAGCCAUUAUUUCCAAUUAUUGAAGCUGCUAAUGCUGUGACAAGUAUGCUGUGUGAAUUGCUUACAACUAAUGAUACAAGUCAUGAACCAAAUAUUAUCAUAGAACAAGAUGAUAAGGAUUUUUAUCUUUCAUCGCCGUUAUAUCCAAUUUUACUUAAUAAAUCAAAUAAUAAUACUAAUCAUUAUCAAAGUAAUUUAUCAUCAUUUGAAGAUAUAUUCGAUUGUGUUUUUUCAAAAUUUUUCUCUUCCUGGACUCAAAUGAAGGCUGUUCCAGAAGAUUUGACUGCAAUUUUAUGCGUGGUACGAGAGCAGAUAAAUCGUAUUUUGAAAACCAUUCCUAUUUCACUUGAAGAAUUUGAAAAUUCUCUGAUAAAAUUUAAUCCAUAUGAUGUACCAUCUAUGUGGUCGAAACGGGAGAAUCGUCUACGUGUAGAUAUGUUACAUAAUCACCCGGCAUUAAUAGAAUUACGUAACGAUGUAAGGAAACGUCAUCAAGGACAUGUAUAUGAGAAUCGUUUAAAUAUUUUGUCAAAUUCAGCACCUUUAGAAUAUAUCCCAUCAAAAGGAUCGAAAUUAUGUAGUAAAGACAAUCAAUCAUUCACUGUACUCUUGUCACCUGAUCGCAAGUCGCUUCUUAUAAGAGACACAAACCAGAACAUAAGAGAAAUAUGGCAACUAAACUGUAUUAGUCGAGUAUCUUUGGGUAUAACUGAGAAAGUGAAAAAAAAUCCGGAACGUACAUUACUCUUUCAAGUGGAAUUAUCCGAUAUUCCAAAUCAAGAUGAUCCCAAUGAACCGACAAGUAAUAAAUCACGUUGUUUUCGAGUUAUUUUAUUAGCCAGAUCAAUAAUUGAAUAUAAUUAUUGGUUAGAUGGAUUAUUUUUAUUAAAUAAAUUAAAUAAUCCAAGUGAUUAUUACAAUGAAGAUGUGGAGCGUUUAACUGAACUAGACAUGUGUAUACGUCUUUCAAGUUUAGAUUUAAAUCAGUUGCCAAAAAGAGAAGUUUCCAUGCCUACAGAUCCACCACCACCUUUGGAUUUUAUUUAA